CGAACAUUUAAAGCGAACUCUCAAGCUAAUCAUCUCUAAUCAGUCACAAUACCGGUCGAAGAAGACAAGAACAUGAAGGUAUGUAUGGUGUAAUCAGUAACAAGUACUAACUUGGAUACUCGUGUGUAUGUGUGAAAGAGACUUCUCUUGUGAUGUUCAGAGGUUUUUCUACUUUUGUGCAGCAAAAGAUCCUGAUAAGAGUCUCUAUGACUGAUGAUAAAACACGAGCUAAAGCAAUGAAAACUGCUGUUCAGUUUAAAGGUGUGUCAGGUGCGGAAAUAAAGGGAGAUCACAUGAACCAGAUUGAAGUGACAGGUGUUGAAGUCGACAUGAUCUGUCUAACCAACACACUGAGAAAGAAGGUUGGCUUUGCGGAGCUUGUAAGCGUAAACAAAGUAGAACCACCCAAGAAACCCGAGGAGAAAAAGCCAGAGCCAUGUUAUCAACCAUGGCAUUAUUAUACAUAUGGUGUGCCCUCUUCCUCUCCACACCCGUGUGAUCCCUACGGUUAUAACGGAAGGGGAUACACCGAGGAACCCGUCUACAAUCACGAGCCUAAUUGCAGGAUCAUGUGA